UUCAAUUUUUAGUAGAGGAGUAGAGGUUAUAUUUUACUAUCGUUUUUAUCAAUCCAUUCUCGGAAAUAGAAAAAUUCCACUUUAUUGUACCUUGAAGCGCUUAAAAAAGCCCCAAAAACCGCUGUAUAGUAGUAGCGCAAAAAAGGAAGGAUCAGGGUAUAACAUUCAAUGUAAAAGGAUAUUUUUUUACUUGUCCAUUAACAAAUAUGGCUGACGAAAUUAAGGAUAUAAAAUUGUUGAAAAACACGAAAAUCUCCGUGUAUGUCGACGAGGCUCUACCUGAUAUUAUCGUAGUCACUUAUGAGUUUGGUUUGAAAUUGUUUAAAGGGGUUCUGCUAGAUUCUAACAAAAGAAACCUGCCAUGCGGUAUCCAAUCGUUAAACCCGGCGUUCACCGUGCCGUCAAAGAAACCAGACGAUGACCCCUUGUACUCGGUAAAUCAGAGGUUCUCUUACAUGGACCCCAAUGCCCCUAAAAAGAAGAACAUUCAGAUGCCGAGCAAAUACAAAAACAACAAAAUGACAGUGAGACUGAGACCGAGACAAGUAUUGUGCUCAAAAUGCAAAGGUAUUUGCAACGAAAACUCGGAGAAUGUGUCAAGGAAGAGAAAGUCCUCGGAUGGGGCGAAAAUCUCAUCGCCGCCGCCCCCGAGUAGACGCGGCAGCAACGCUCCUGUCACUCGGUCCGUUAACACCUAUCUGAACACCACUCGACGGAAAUUGCGUCGGCAAGAGAUGGAAGAAGGGCCGAAAGUCACCAAAAGCGAUAGCAUUGAAAAUAUAAACCCUGAAAACUGGGACGCGGCUGAAACGAGUGAGAAACCUUUAGACGCCGUUAAUUUAGAGGGUGCCCCAAGGACCGUACAAAAUCCCAAGCAUUCCCCCAAUCAUUCCGAAUCUAGUUCCGAUCAUUUCGAGCCCCCGCGCCUCACGCAAACGCAGAGUUUAAGAGCGGCGAGAAGGACAGUCAGGAAAAAAAGGAACGUCGGUCCGAACGGGAGCCAGUGGACAGAUGACGAGAAAACGGGCUCGAUGAAUUCGGAGCAGGCUGUGAAUUCAAGCGGCAUCACCACCAACACGAGGACCAUAAAAAUAUCAUACGGGCCGCAGGGCGAGGGCACCGUGUUGAAGAUACCGGCUCAAAUAGACAACGUAAACGGAGACGACUCGGAGGAGAAUGUGAACGUCGGCAGGCCGCCGCUGAACCUCCCGAACAAGGCCGCGCGGAAGGCGAUGAAGAGGGCGCGAAAAGAGGCGAGACGAAAAAUCCUACUAGGCGGUUCGCCACUGUAUCUGGGAGGCACGUCGCCAAGGUACGCUUUGGGUAACGGCAGUCCCAGGUACACCGUGGGCAGCGCUUCGCCCCGCCACGGUCUUGGCAACAACUCCCCCAGGUACAUGAUACCGGCGUUCGACAUCAACGUGUCACGCCGCAGGAAACACAAGGUGAAACACAAGAAGAAACACAAGGACGACAAGGACCGCAAACACAAGGAAGGCGAGGUGAGCAGUUCGACCCAAGACGAAACCAAAGAGCAGUGCAUCACGCAGAAGUUGUCGAUCAACCUCAAACGGCUAAACGAAAUGUACACGUCAUGCACGGUCCACGAGGACACCACCUCGAGUUCGGAUGAGCACAGCGAGCAGAUGCCCGACUUUCCUCCGGCCAAUCAGCCCCUGAUGCUCAGAAUCAACGCGCGCACGUUGUCCAGCGCGAUGGGCGCCGACGGUGUGCGCCUGUUGGUGGGCGACGUGGUUUGGGGCAAAAUCCACGGGUUUCCUUGGUGGCCCGGCAAAAUCCUUACCAUAUCCGGUUGCAACGCGCAGGGACCCCAGGCGCAUGUGGCGUGGUACGGCUCGUCCACGUCAUCGGUGAUGCAGUGCGACCAGCUCAGUCACUACUUGGACAACUUUAAGGCGCGUUACAACAAGAAAAAAAAGGGACUCUACAAGGAGGCGAUCAAGCAGGCGACGAGCGAGGCGAAAGAGAACGCGGAGAACCGCGUCAGGCAGCCCCUAGGCAACUCUCCGUCGCACAACAUUAUUCCGCAGGUGGUGCCGCCGGCGUUGGCGUCGCCCAGGGAAAUCGACGUCGCGUCUUAAACGAUCGGGGCCGGCCUUGAUUUUUGUUUUUAGGAAUAGUCACUCGUCGUCGUGCUCGCUAGAGCGGAGGGGCGUGGCCGGUAUCGUUUGCGCAGUGUCUCUCGCACACUUUGACGGUAGAACAGGGAAUAGUUUUGUAAUAUAAUUUGCCCAGAUUUAUUUGAGGCGGUUCCGUUUAAUGUUAAAGGUUAGGUUAAAAGCUGUAACAUAGUGAUCAAAGUUGGUAUUGUCGGUCGUAGUGCUUUUUCAUUUUCAUUUUACCGCACUAAGUGUUUUCGUUUUAGCAUUAUGUUGUUUUUCGACCUCGGGGCGUGUAGUCGCCGUUUAAAUAUUUUCAUCAGUGUUUGUGAUAUUGUACCCCUUGCAGCGUGUAUAUUGGACAGUCUCGAGUGACGAACCACUUAUUAUUUUCGUUAGGAGUGAUGGAAUUUUCCUUUUCCGAUGUUAAAACCGAUUUUAUUUGUAUACAAUAAUAUAUCUGUGAUUUUAUUCCCAUACUAUGAU